UUUACGCAAGGAUUCGUAAGUCCAUGCCAGUUAAGCAGCCGGGCCUCUCCACCGAUCUUGUGCUUUGCUUUUAAAGGCGAAGAUUUUUCUUUGCAAGCCUUUCCGGCUUCUUGUGACCAAGAGUGCUGCUGCGUAGCUGUCCUCAAGCCGAAUAGGCCAACCAAUCACAGAGCAGGAAGCGCGCCGCUGCAUUCCACGACCAGAUGGCGCUCGCAUCCGUGCAACCGCGCAAGCCAACGUCUGUAGCGUUGUUUAGUAAUGUUGGCGCAAGCGGCGGCGCAGACCGUGCGGAGCACAAAAAAAAAAAAAGAACCAGAAGGCUUGCCUUCGUACGUCCGCGGCAGCCUGAAUAAAGCCUUCCGUGUCAAUUGGUACGGAAAUUCGAUAAACACAAACUCGUGUUUCGGCUCUUUAUGCACGCACACUAAGCUGCGCUGUAUAUAGAUGCCAACUCGUUGCAUUUGCGGCAUCUUUAACAGCUUUUGAGUGGUAAUGCCAGCAUUGUAAACUGCGCGCUAACCUCGCCGUGCCACCGCGGUUGUAUGGCGCUGCACCAUUUUGCACCUUGUCGAAUUGGCGAAGUGAACCUGCAGAACAUCCCAUAUGUUUACUGUCACCUUUAGUCCAUCACUCACACGCUCGUCCGCAAUCUUCAGUAAUCAUAACUGUAAUACAACAUAAUAAUACAUUGCGCUUGCAGCAGGUAGCCCACUUCCGGCAUGCUGCGCGAGGCCUGGAAGAUAUAAAUAAGAUGGCCUUUUAUUUCCUUUUAAGGAGCAUGCAAAAAAGAAGAAAGCUUUUGAACUAAUGGUCAAACUAAUGGAGGCUCAUUCUCAUCUCUGAUGGCCCCGGAUGUGUAAGGAAUUUCAAUGGCUGCCCAACCAUUAAUGAAACCUCCGCAGGUCUACGAUAUCCCCCACGAGGUCUUCAAGCUGGUGUCCACGUCCUUCUGGGAGGAGUGCACAGCGGUCGAGACGCAAGUCCUGCUGGCCAUCGCCAGCUCGGUGAUGGCCGAAACGGCGGACAAGCGGGUGCUCGUCCAGGUCAUGGCGCCAGUCGUGGUGAACAUCGCAGAGGUACAGCGCAUGCACCCGACGUAUUACGCGAUUCCGGUGAUCGUGGGUGCCUCGUCCAACGUCGUCAUGCCGGCGUCGGCCCCGCUCGCCCUGCUGCACGAAUUGGCGCGGGUGUCGUUCUGGAGGCUGCUUCUGUUCGGCUUGCUCGCGAAGGCCAUCGUCUUGAGCAUGGUCAUCGUGAUGGUCAACGUGGCGGACAAGUACGGCAUUCUCAGCGCCCAGACGACUCCGGAAUGAGCCGCAACAUUUUAGGGAGUCAUAUAUUUCGUUUUCGCACUCAACUGCCAUUUGCUACGUCGUAAUGAGGAACGCAGAUCUUUGCGCAUGAACUGUACGCAACUUUAAAUUUGUUUUCUCAGUUACUGUGGCAACUUCGCAACUAGCCCUUUUUGGGACACUCGCUGGUAAUGCAUCAGCGCCCCACACCCCUCCUCACCCUCCUCGUUUAGAGGCGUUUCAUAUUAGUCUUUCCACCAGUACUGUUAACCAGUCUGUUUCUGUCUCGUUGGCGUUCUCUCUUUCUUUCCUUCCUUCUUUGUUUUGGUUCAAUCGGACAUUUCGUAUCUUUUGAAUGUGAAUCGAGGUUUGCUGGGCCUCGUUCAUUAUUUAUUCUUUGUUACUGCACAUAGUGAAUAUAGCCAUCGGCUCUUCGUGAGCGCUGCUUACAUUAUCACACACUGCGCAUCAGGACUGGCGACCCGGA